UGUUACCAAUACAAGCUUUCUUGAAUUGCAAUUAGCGAUUAAAAAAAAAAACAUUUUCAAGAUUCUAAUCGAAAAUGUCUUCAGUUUCAAUUCUAUUCAUCACAUUAGCCAUCAUCAAUUUUAUGUCCAUCGCCUUGGCCUUCGACACUAGACCUCUGCAAGAUUUCUGCGUCGCCGAUCUCACGAGCAAAGCACAAUUUGGCGGCGUAGUACCAUGCAAGGACCCUGAAACAGUAACGGCCAACGACUUCUUCCUGAGCGGCCUGCAUUUGGCGGGAAACACCUCGAAUCCAUACGGCGUCGCCGUGGCCUCCGCGUCCGCAACCACAUUGCCGGGGCUGAACAAUCUGGGCCUGACGUUCAUGCGCGUGGAUCUGGCGCGGAACGGCUUCUUCCCGCCGCACUACCACCCGAGGGCGACGGAGCUGGUGGUGGUUCUAGAAGGUUCCAUGGAAGUCGGAUUCAUAACCUCGAGCCCCAAGUACAACUAUUUCAGCAAAGUUCUACGGAAAGGCGAUGUCUUUGUGGUUCCCGUCGGCCUCGUGCACAACGUGCGUAAUCUCGCCCAAGGAAACACCGUCGCAUUGGUGGCGUUCAACAGCCAGAAUCCCGGAGUUACGAAUAUUCCAAAUGCCGUUUUGGCGGCGGAGCCCGCCGUCGACAGCGUUUAUCUGUCCAAGGCGUUCCGGUUGGGAGUCAAAACUGUGAAACGUCUGCAAAGAAAGUUCUAGAUCUUUCAUCAUGUUCAUGUAAUUAUUUAAUUCAUCGCCUCACCAUCUAAUAAUCGUAUGUGCCAAUGGCGUUUUACCUGAA